CACUGCAAAGUUAACUGAGUUUCAUACUCAGAAGCCAGGAAGUAUCGUUUGCUUAGCACUAGGAAACAUGCAAGACGGUUGGAACACCUCUAGGAAGAGAAGCGCCCGGGUCUUUUAGUUACGGUUUGCCUUUGGUACGGGCAAUUGGCAAAGACGCCCUUGCCUGGGUGUGGCUAGAGGGAGGGCUGGGCCGUCGGAGGGCUUCGCAGCCAUCUUCGCCAGCGUUGCAGCGGUGUUGCCGCCGCCUCUGCGUCUCCUACUCCUUUUCCUCGUAGAGUCAGACUCCCGCUUAGAGGAAAAUGAUCCACAGUCUGUUUCUUAUAAACUGUUCUGGUGAUAUAUUCUUGGAGAAGCACUGGAAGAGCGUUGUCAGCCAAUCUGUGUGUGAUUAUUUCUUUGAAGCUCAGGAGAGAGCAGCUGAUGUUGAAAAUGUGCCUCCUGUCAUCUCUACACCUCACCACUACCUCAUCAGCAUCUAUCGGGAUAAAAUCUUUUUUGUGUCUGUCAUACAGACAGAAGUGCCACCACUCUUUGUUAUUGAAUUCCUUCACCGUGUAGCAGAUACUUUCCAGGAUUACUUUGGAGAAUGUUCUGAGACUGCGAUUAAAGACAAUGUUGUUAUUGUAUAUGAGCUUCUUGAAGAAAUGCUGGACAAUGGCUUUCCUCUGGCAACGGAAUCCAAUAUCUUAAAAGAGCUCAUUAAGCCUCCUACAAUCCUGCGCUCUGUUGUCAAUUCCAUUACAGGCAGCAGCAAUGUGGGUGAUACUCUUCCAACUGGCCAGCUGUCAAACAUUCCAUGGCGAAGAGCAGGUGUAAAGUACACAAACAAUGAAGCGUACUUUGAUGUGAUUGAAGAAAUUGAUGCCAUUAUAGAUAAAUCUGGCUCCACAGUCUUUGCAGAAAUCCAAGGUGUCAUUGAUGCCUGCAUCAAGCUGUCAGGGAUGCCUGAUCUUUCACUUUCUUUUCUGAAUCCAAGACUCCUGGACGAUGUUAGCUUUCAUCCUUGUAUUCGAUUCAAACGUUGGGAGUCGGAAAGAGUGCUCUCCUUCAUUCCUCCAGAUGGAAACUUCAGGUUGAUUUCCUAUCGAGUCAGCUCACAAAAUUUGGUGGCAAUUCCAGUGUAUGUGAAACAUACAAUUAGUUUCAAAGAGAGCUCAUCUUCUGGAAGAUUCGAUGUUACAAUUGGACCUAAACAGAACAUGGGGAAGACGGUGGAAGGAGUCGUCAUGACAGUCCAUAUGCCAAAAGCUGUACUCAAUAUGAACCUUACAGCCACACAAGGCAACUACACAUUUGAUCCUGUCACUAAAGUGUUAACAUGGGAUGUUGGCAAGAUCACCCCUCAGAAGCUGCCCAGUCUUAAAGGGAUGGUGAAUUUGCAGUCUGGAGCUCCCAAGCCAGAAGAAAAUCCAAGCCUGAAUGUUCAGUUCAAGAUACAGCAGCUGGCUAUUUCAGGACUGAAAGUAAAUCGCCUUGACAUGUAUGGAGAAAAGUACAAACCAUUUAAAGGUGUGAAAUACAUCACAAAAGCAGGGAAAUUCCAAGUACGAACAUAAGACACAGAAUCUCUGCCUGCUUGGCGGAUAAAUGUUGGGUUUGCUUGUUCUUCUGUUUGAGGGGAAAAUGAGACUGCUUAGUGACUCAAGUUACUCUAGAAACCAGUUUUAACAAUUCUCUGACUCAUUCCCAUGCACUGCACCUUUUCAAGUGAAAUCAUCAUUUAAUAGCUCUUUUUUAUAUAUAGCUUUGAAAUUUAUUAACUUUCUGUAACAAUUUCCUUUUUGUGGACUGAUUGGUUCAUGAAUUGUAAUUAAAACCUGCGACUGUCCGCAGAACCAGCUAGCACUGUACACUGCCAAGCAAAUUACCAAAGCACAAGAAGAAUGCAGGACCUUCUGGACAGAGAGAGAACCCCACUUUGGACAUCACUGAAGGAAACUGAUAUUCUUACAGCCAGUUAAAAACUGACAUUCCAGAAUACAUUUUACAAGCCCUAUUCAGAAAGGAGGACAAAGUACACAGUCCUCUGGAAAGAGAGAUCUUCAGUACUACAAAAAAGGCUUUCCCUGCAAUGUUUACAAGAGGCUGCCUUUUAAAUCAAUACUAUUUGCCUUAUCAGCGUGUGCAUUCAGCAGACAAUCUGUAGCUAAUUCUAGAUUUUCUACAACUUGCUUUACUUUGAAGGUGAAAAAUGUAUGGAAGUGAAGUCUUUGGUUUGUUUGACAGGUACCACCACUUUAGAAGCAUUUUUUGCCUACAGUUUUUUGUGCCGUGCAGACCUCAAGAGUAGCUCAUCACAGGCAGCAAGAAUUAUUUAAAGGUUGUAUUGCUUAUUUAUGAUUAAAUAAAAGGGAACUCAGCUGUA